GAAAGCUGCCAGUCUUCUCGAUGCCACGCGCGCUGGGAUCAGCACUGCGAGUCCCGUUGCGCCAGCUCUGGAGCCGCCAAUAUGUCAGGACGUCCCUUCGGAGCUGCUCGUGUUCUGCGCCGCACCAAUUUCACGCCUCGGUGAAGCUGUCCUCUGCACCGCAGCGUGACCCGACCAAUGCGGCUGCUGCACCGCCCACGCCCGCCCUCGACCACCGCACGCUCGCGGCGACGCACAACCUCUUCGUCACGUCACCUUACAGCCCCGGCUCGCCGCUCAUCCUGCCCAAUGGCGCAUAUGUCUUCGGCAGACUGCAGGCCUUCCUGCGCGCGCAGUACCCGCAGUUCGGCUUCCAAGAGGUCAUCACGCCCAUCAUAUACAAGAAGUCGCUGUGGGAGAAGUCGGGGCACUGGCAGAACUACGCGGAAGACAUGUUCAGCGUGGAGGGGAGAGACAAGAAGGGCGAGGAGGAAGAGGAGAUGGGCCUAAAGCCGAUGAACUGCCCGGGCCACUGCCUGCUGUUCAGCACUGACAUCAAGAGCUACCGCGACCUCCCCGUCCGGCUUGCAGACUUCAGCGCCUUGCACAGGAACGAGAUCUCAGGGUCGUUGACUGGCUUGACGAGGGUACGCCGGUUCCACCAGGAUGAUGCGCACAUCUUCUGCCGCCCCGACCAGAUCCUGUCCGAGAUCGAGCAGACGUUGAAGUUCGUCGGCAUGGUGUACGAGACGUUUGGGCUGGGGCCAUACAAGCUACUCCUUUCGACCCGCCCGAAGGACAGCUUCAUUGGCAACAUUGAAGAGUGGGACAGAGCCGAGGCCCAGCUGACCACUGCGUUGAACAAUGUUGGUCGUGAAUGGGCUAUCAACGAGGGCGACGGCGCCUUCUACGGCCCCAAGAUCGACAUCAUCCUCAAAGACUCGAACGGCAAGGAGCACCAGACGGCGACCAUCCAGCUCGACUUCCAGCUGCCGCAGCGCUUCGACCUCCAGUACCAGGCAUCACCUGGGGAGAUGGAGGCGGGGUCACACUCGUCCAUGGAUGCUGGUCUCGACCCCGCGUACCGUCGUCCGGUCAUCGUUCAUCGCGCCAUUUACGGCUCCAUUGAGCGUUUCAUGGCGCUACUCAUCGAGCACUAUGCAGGCAAAUAUCCCUUCUGGCUUUCUCCACGCCCCGCCAUUGUGCUCUCGCUCAACUCCGAUCCCGCCGUGCUAGAACACGUCUCGCGCAUACAGUCUGUGCUCUCGGGAGUGCAGUCUCACGAAGCACCGACGCCCGCCCCUUCAUCAUCGCCCAAGCCCCUGCCGCUAUCCAACAUCCACUUGCCGAUCGACAUCGACACCAGCAGCCGGCCACUCGGCAAGAAGAUUGCCGACGCUCGUGCGAAGAAGUACAACCAUAUUAUUGUCGUAGGCAAGCGCGACGUCGAGAGCGGUGGUAUGAACAUGCAGAUAGCAAAUUCGCCGGCGGAAGAAGCGGCGAUGAGGGUGCUCGAGGAAGCUUGCGGUCAGCCUCUUUCAGAAGGCGACAGAUCGAAGAAGCAGGCCAACAUCGACCUGAGUGGCGCGCGGAAAUAUUUUGAGAGCCUGGUCACGUCCUACUUGUGAGAUGACGAAGAACGUUCUACUAGUAAGAUGAGGAAAUGUCCCGGCUGUAUAACAUGUAUGAUUCGUGUAUUAAGAGCCAUUGUACAUCUAGGUGGCGAGGGCCAGGGUUUUGGCACCGGAUGUCUUCUGCCGAGCCUCAGCAUGACACGUUCGGUUCGUGGAACAAUCAAACGUCUGCCAUGACCAUAUCCAUCGUUGUAUCUCUUGUUGAUCCCAAGGCUGCUCAACGAAGUCCUCCAACUUACGUAGCAAUUACACGUCGCGUGAGAUUCUCAGGAAGACUCCACUUUCUGUUGGCCGUCAGGCGUCCUUAGCUUCGACGGAUCGUAAGCCCGUGCCACAGGCCCACAGUGCCCCUGCCAAGCUCCAGCCCCG